AUGGCCGUCAACAACAACACCACCACCACCACCACCACCACCACUGACGAUGAGUUCCCGUGCUCGCUGACAAUCGACGUCCCCUUCCCUACCCCACGCCUUGCAUCCGUGGCGCACAGAGCCCUCGCCGUCGACCAGGAGCUGUCGCCGCUCGUUAGGCGAACCUUCUUCGUCGACGACGACGACUCCGCCGCCGCUGCCGAAGCCGCUUCCGUCCUCCACGUCUACUACAAGGCCACUACGAACCGCAUGCUCCGCGUCGCCGUUAAUGGCCUCAUGGAGAGCCUCAACCUUGUCGUCGAGGUGAUGGAGGAGCUUGACGUUGACGUCUUGGAGCACAACCGGGACAACCAGUGA